GGAUUUUUCGGUUCAAUUUUCUGGAAUAGAUAUCUUGCUUAGAUAUAUACUCUUGUAUGUUCUGCAAUUCUAUCUUAGCAUCGCAUCACAUCAUAUCAUAUUGCAUUACAUUACAUCUCGAUUAUAUGACACCAUGCAACAGCGAGUUUCCAUUCUCGGCGCCGGUCCCGCCGGCCUCGCACUCGCAGCCGAUCUCUCCCACAACGGCACAAAUGUCCUGAUAUAUUCUCAUCCGUUGCAUAGCUCACACUCCUCUUCCAUCCUCUGCAAUGGCAAACUCGAGCUCUAUUCUCACACAUCUAUUGAUUCUGCAAAUCCCAAACUCACAUAUGAUAUCCACGAUGCGGUUUCGUUUUCGAAGUUUCUAAUUCUGACGGUUCCUUCUACGGGCCAGGAAACAAUCGUGAAUGAAUUGCGCACUUUUGAGUUGGAGGCUCAUACGAUUAUCGCUAUUCCGGGGAAUUUGUUCUCGCUUGUUUUCCGGGAGGCGAUUGGGGAUAUGAAGGUGAAGUGUGUGUUGGAGACGAAUUUAUCGCCUUAUUCGUGUAGGAUAAGUGGAGGGAAGUUGUCUGUGUCGGGGAGGAAGAGCCGAUUUUCUAUUGCGGCGUUGGGGAGGAUAGAUGGGGGGUUGAGGGAGGAGAUUAGGGGGAUUUUCCCGAUGGAGUUAUGUUGGUGUGAGAAUGUGGUGGAGGUUUGUUUGGGGAAUAUCAAUGGCGUGUUUCAUCCGGUUAUGAUGUUGAUGAAUGCUGGCCGCAUUGAAAGUCCUGGAUCCUUCUUUCUUUAUAAAGAAGGACUUACACGCUCAGUAGCCAAUGUUAUUCAAGCAAUUGAUGCUGUGCGUCUUCAGAUUGGGAGUGAGUUAGGAUUUAAACUCGAUUCUGUCCUGGACGUUUCGAAUAAAUGCUAUGAUCAGCAUUUUACAGAUUUAGUUGAGCUGGCGAGAAAAUCGGAACCGCAUAAUGGACUGCAAGCGCCGAGUGAAAUGGAGAAUAGGUUUAUUGCGGAGGAUGUGCCGGAUUUGCUGGUGCCGUGGUUGGUGCUGGCGGAGGGGCUGGGGGUCAAGGCGGAGAAGGUUAGAGCGGUGGUGGAGUUGGCGGGGAUGGUGGUGGGGAGGGAUUAUUUUGAGGAGGGGAGGGGAUUAAGGAGGUUGGGGUUGCUGGGUUUGGGGAGGGGGGAAUUGGUGAAGAGGUUUGGGAGGGUUGGAUGAUGGGAAUCAUGAAUCAUGACAUGCAGGCAUGUGGUGACUGUGAAAUACACUUGUAUGUUGAUGAAUUGAAUGAGAUGGCAGCGACUUUGACUGUUAUGGAAUGUUUGAUAGAAAGAGAAAAUGAGAGAUAGGUAUAACAUUGCGCGAUUAUGAGAUACAUUGACACUUAUCAAAUACUGAGAAUCGUUUGCUUUCUGGAUGCCACUUGACUGUUGUUUUUUCAGAACGCAUAGCUUGAACAUUUGAGAUACCUUCACUUCAAUAUGGAACGAACCAAAGAAGAACUUCCGCCCAAUAACAGAACAAAAAUGUAAAUAUUGUACAGUGAUACCA